CCGGUCAGACCAGCAUAAAAACUAUUUAGGAAUAGUCGAGGUAUAAAAAAACGCAAUAGCCAUAAGCAGCUGACUAUAUUAAAUAGCCCCACUGACAGUACAUCAACCAAAAGAGAGUGAGAGAGCUGGAGAGCUUGAGAAGAGCUAUGACGGCAAUAUUACUUCUGGCCUGCCACUCGGUUCGCGAACUCGUCAAUCUGACAGAUGCGCUGUGGCAAAACGGCUUUAAUAUCGAACGAAGCCUAAUUUAUUACCGUAGCAAGCGCCGGUUGCAACUGUUUAGAUUUCAUUGCCGCCAGUUUUGGUUGCGUCAGUCCAUGGUUGAACCUGACACUAUGCAAAGGAGGACAGACAUCGAUUUUGCAGCCAUUGAGGCGGGUGCAGAUUGCAGUAUGGACGAGACAAGGAAGGAUCUUCACCUAAGGUUUCAGCAAGCUGAGAGCCAGCACCUAGUACCUUUACAUAGCUUCAGCGACAUUGAGGUGGUGGAUGGAAAUGAGUUUAAAGCUUCAUUUUAUGAAUACGCAGAUGCAGUGCCAAAGUACUACAACGACGAAAUUGGCCAAUUGGACGAAGGAAUCAGUUUUACCGUUACCGGCAAUUUGGCAGUGAACUGCGAGAGAUUCUCCAUCAAUCUUGUUUAUAACAACGAAUCGCGUGACGUGGCUCUUCACAUUAAUCCUCGGCUGCCUCAAAACUACAUCGUUCGUAAUACCAAAGUACAGGACUUAUGGGGCAGCGAGGAAGUUUCCUCGGCGUUACCCUUCCUUCUUAGUCGCGGGGAGAAGUUUUCUAUUCAAGUGCUCGUUACUGACGCGUGCUACAUGAUAUCGGUAAACGGUCAGCACUUUGCAAAGUACACUCACCGGAUUCCUUACAAAGAUGUCCGCAUCCUAGAAGUCAAAGGCGACGUGAGUAACGUCGAAAUGCAUCGAACUUUGGUCUUAAACUAUCCUCAGCGACUUCCCGAAUCAGAAGCAAAAAACAUAGAGCUUAACAUAAAUGAUCAGUUUGAUGAAAUUGACUCCGUAGUCGAGGAGGCUGUUAAAAUACCUCACGAGUGGUGCCUUAUUAGCGCGCCGAUUACACAGUCGGACAGUUCACCAAAGAGUUCACACGAUUCAAAUGAUCUCGGUCUUACCUUACCUUAUUAUGGGGCACUGCCUCCAAGAUCGUUGGUCGAAGGUCGAUACUUGAAGAUUGAAGGGCGUGUACGACUGCUACCGCACUCGUUUUACAUAAACCUACAAAAGGGGCAGGACAUUUGGCCACAUCCAGUCAUAGCAUUCCACCUAAACCCCCGUUUCUCAAAAGCUAGCAGCGGCGCCAUCGGAAAGGCGGUCGUGUGUCGUAAUGCCUGGUUUGAUGGGGCUUGGGCACAAGAGGAGCGUUCUGAGUUCGACACAAACUUCCGUCCGGGUCGAACUUUUAGUUUGGCGAUCGUUUGCACCAAAACCGCCUAUGAGGUGUACGUCAAUCGGCAAUUUAUGACGGAUUUUAAAUACAAGGUUAGCCCUGCACUGGUCGACACCGUCUACAUACAAGGAGAUGUUAAGCUGUGGAACGUAACGCUGGAACACAACCCUAUGAUAAAGGGCAGGAAUGUACGCGCCUAUCACAACCCAUGUUUGUAUGAUGAUAAUUAGUAGUAUUUUGUAGCUGGGCUUCUUCAACUAGCUUAAAUGUUAUUGUAUUUUUAUUUUAUUAUAUAAGUAAGAAACAAUAAGACAAUAUAAAAGAAAUAUGCAGCUGUUUUACUAUUAAUCUUUUCUAAGUGAUGUAAUAUAUUUUUUGUAACAAUUAAAGAAGGACAAUGUCCGAUUUUCCUUAUUGUAAA